UUGCAGCAAGCAUGCAUGCGUGUGGAGUGGCGUGGUCGCCUCCAUAUGAGUCAAAGGUUUGGAAUUGAUCCUGCUGCUUUUGUCUGCGGUCCCACCCAAUUGAGGUUAGCAACGUUACACUUCCAACGUACAUCAUUUGCGCUUUGCAGCUGCUUUCUUUUGACUUUUUUCCUUUUUUUGUUCAACUCUGCUGCCUUGACAGCUGAUUGGUCGUCUGUCGUCGUGGAGAUGUCAGGGACCGUAGGUGGGGGCAGGCGAGGUGGGAAGCUCUGCGUUUCGGCGAUGGCCCCUACGUUGUCCCCCUCCCAAUUGAAGUCCCCAGCGCGGACAUUGUCGGAGCGACCGACAAUGGCGCUGAUAUGCGCCUCUCUGUGAGUGUGUCCUCAUUGACGCUGCCGGCGGGAGGAUGGAGAUUCCCGCAGACGUGUCCCGUGGGCGCCUGGUCACGCUGUUACUCUGCUUUUUGAGUCUCCACGGGUCAGCAACCAUCGACACAGUGAAUGUGGUGGAUUUCUGCGGUCAGACCAUCCGGGGCGACGGCAUGAUCAUCAACUCCCAUCAAGAAUCCAAAAAGUACUACUUUGUCACAAUGGGGACCGACUGCCAUCUGACCAUGCAAGGCAGCUCCCCGAAGGACAAGGUCCAGUUCCACUUUCGCUUUUUCCUUGUUUACAGUUUGUUGCGAGUUGCCCCUCUGAGCCCGGCGCCCCUGCUAGCACUGGACGCAAAAGUGGAGCCCACCUCUGGGGAAAGCUCAGGGGGGGAUCCCUGUCACGCGGGCUCCUUCGUUCAAUUUUACGACGGACGGGACAGGAGCUCGCCUCUUCUCGGACCUCCUCUUUGUGGCAAGAGUCCACCGCGGCCGGUGCUCUCCACAGGAAACUACCUGACCCUGCGACUGGUCACCCGUGGUACUCAGCCCAGAGUGGACUUUGUGGGGGACUUCACAUCCUUCAGACUUGGUUUCAACCAUUCUUUGUGCAGCAGUGAGCCUUACUUCACUUGCAGGAACGGAAAGUGUAUCCCACUCAGUCUGGUGUGCGAUGACAAGGGCAUUGACAACUGCGGGGAUGGGAGUGACCUGGAAGAAAAUCUAACCACAGGGUGCAAAGCAGGUCAGCUUGUAGCAGCAGAGCAGCCAGCAACAGCAGUAGCAACGCCGCCGCCACCUCCAUCUUUUGUCAACUCCCCCACAGUGCCAACACACUUCAACUGUGGAAUUCCACACAGCACUCCUAGUUAUGAGUCUGUUUCCGACUCUCCUGCCUCUGUGUCCUUGUGGGUACUCUUCAUGAUUGUGGGUGUGCUGGUGGGAUCGGCAGUGCUCUGCUGGUGCUGUUGGUCUCCCGGCUGGUUCCUGUGGCGCAUAAGUAUUUUCCGCUUUCUGUCACGCUGCAACUCACCGUGCGCCUCUUGCCAACUCUGCGUCAACAGCUGCGCUUCCAGCAAGGAGCAGCGUCUGGCAAAAGUCAGCCCACAGCCACCGCCCAACGGCGUGCUCGUCACCGACGCUGACGAAAGGCUUUCUGCCGCCGCCGCCGCCGCCGGGCUUUAAGCAAAAAGCACCACAAAAAGUCCAGUGUGACGAAUAUUGAGCAAGAAUUCCUCAACAUGGACUUUGACUCACAUCAAGCUUUUUUGGAGGAAUUGGCUCAUCUAAAAUAGCGGAAAGCAUUUGACUACAGGAAAAACUGUUUUUGUGAUUUUGUGACUAUGAAAAGCAGGGUGUAGACUUGUCUUGGAUUGCAGCAUGUUUCACUUGUCAUGGGUUCUAGUUUUCUCUCUAAAACCUUGCAGAACAUCUUAUCAGGUGCUUAGUGUUUGUUAUACGCCUAAAUGGCCAUUUUACGCCGACUUUGGGGUCCAGAGUUUGAGAAUCGCGUUAACCCCGAAAGCGCUUUGUAUACAAAGUCUUGGGGGUUUUUCUUUUAGAAAGGCGUGCUUUUAGGCAGCCAAAGGGGUCUUUUGUUAGGGUCAUUUAGGUCAGGCAUGUUUCUGGGCAGCUGAAGGGGUCCUUUGUUACAUUCAUUUGGUCAGGCAUGUUUUGGGGCAGCCGAAGGGGUCCUUUGUUACAUUCAUUUAGGGCAGAGGUCCGUUUACGCCGCUCAAGUCUGUUGACGUUUUAUCAAAAGAGAAGCAAAUAUCACAUAGAUUGGUCAUUUUGAUGCUAUGUGAAUUGCAUGGAAGAAAGAAUAAAGCAGCCACUUAUUCUA